GUCGUAUUGGCUAUCUCCAUGCCGUUAUAUCCGAGGAUAGUGACCUUUUCGUCUACGGCUGUCCACGGGUGCUCUGUAAGGUGGACAAGCACGGAGAGGGAGAGCUUUUCGAAUUGGAGAGCAUUGUCGGUGUCGGCAACAAACGCGAAGUGCCGGAAUUGAUUCAGAAGAGUGUAGACACUGUACUCGAUGCAGGGAGUGCAGUUUCUGCGGAAUAUAGUUCGCUUCAAGAGGAAGGGAUUGUCGAAGGCGUACUCGACGGAACGUGGACGAAACCUAGUGGGGAGAUUGUUUUAGCAGAAGAAAACGAGGGGAUGUCUGGAGACGCAGAUGCUGCUCUUGGGGAUGUGGAAGAUGCUGCAGGUGAUGUUAAGAGGUUGUCUAGGUUUUAUGUGGAAGAUGCUGCAGGUGAUGUUAAGAGGUUGUCUAGGUUUUAUGUGGAAGAUGCUGCAGCUGAUGUUAAGAGGUUGUCUAGGUUAUAUUUUCUGUCAUCCUUACUCAUGUUCUAAGCAGAAUCAGAGACGUUAUUCUUAAAGCAACGUCAACAAUAUUUAAUAUACAUUUCCAUAUCAUCCAUGUAUUCUUGAAUGGUGGACCCUAUAAUGCAAAGCCUACUCUAAUCUAGAGGCCGAAGAUGAUGCAGAUGCGAUGGAAAAAGACCUUUUUGGAGACGAGGAUCUCACUACGGCAAAAGCUGAUGCAGACGAGGUCGUAGAAGUUCUUGAACCUGUACGAGAACGUGGUCCACAAAGCUAUAGUAGUGCUCCUUCUUCUUCAAGAACAGCUGAGGGUGAUGUUGCGGAAGACGAUGGUGUUGUAGCAGUAGGAGCAGUUGCAACAUCAAGUACCACAUCAUCUGCAUCUGGAUCUGCCAACCAGAAGCGUCCAUUACCAGAGCAAAUUAGCGACAGCGAGUACGAGCGUGAACAAGAGAGAAGAAAAAAAGUGACGAGAAGUGGUGUCGAAGACAAUGCUGCUGGAGUGAUAGUUUUAGAUGAUGACGAUGACGCAGAAGUAGAAGCCAAGGACCCAACGGAGCACAUGGAAGACGGAAAACAAGAAGGAGAGGACGUUGCAGGAGAGGAAGAUGCUUUAGUCGAGGAGGAGAUCCGGGAUCCGGAGCGUGGAAAAUCUGUGUUCGAUAUCAUCGAAGAGGAAGAAGCUCAGAAGAAGGCCGCGAAGAAAAAACGGCCAAAAGCAAAGGCAGCCAAGCCUAAAAAAGAACCGAAACCAAAGAAGGAAACCAAGAAAAAGGUGUUUAUAAGUAGAGUCUUCUAACCUCCGAUGUCAUAGAUCAUGCUAGAAGAUCUUCAACGUCAUCUUACAGUAUUUGGAUGUGCUUUUGUCCUGUAUUUUUCUACAAUAACUGAAACUUAAACUUUCAAAUUCAAACAUUCUUGUUCUUUUUCAAAUUCAGAGAUUCUCUCCCUCAUUCUCUCCCUCCACGUCCCCACAAUUCAGGAGCCAAAAAGACCUCCGAAGCCGAAGAAAGAAGCCGUCAAGCGUCCAGAAGCUAAGGUUCCGAAUCUGAAGUUUGACCUAUCCCUAAUGAAAACCUGGACUUGGGACAUGUUCCGGACGUUUGCCGUUCUCUCCGGAUGCGAUUAUACAGUUCACGUCCACGUCAAAGGCCUUGCUAUCGGAACUGCAGCAAAGCUUGUUCUUAAGGUGCUCAUAGAUCAGUUGGAUGGUGUUUAUUUGCACGCUAUUAAAAAUGAAUGCAGCGCUGGUUGAUGGAACAAGGCGUGGAGGAUCUUUUUGAUGGAGCCGCACGACGUAGAACUUGUGUCGUUAGACUAGUUACUGCGCGUUUCAAGAGAAGAAGAUGAAGAGCUCUACUAAUGCAGGCUUAAAUAGAACACGACAGUCUUCACCUCUAAUCCGCAUUGCUUCAAGGAGCGUGCACUUGAUGUAGUGGUAAAGAAGUUCCCGCUGCCUUGCGCGCCGAAGGCCUUUGUGGAAGCCUUGCAUCUAGCACUCAGUGUCUUCCGCCACCACAUCGUCUUCGACAAGAAGAGGGGAGACUUGUUGUUAAGAACUUCUAGAACAGAGACGAAGCAGGAAAUUAUCAACAGUAUUCCCUCGCUUUGCAGAUAGUACAGUAUUUUGUUAUAACUUUCUUCACUGAAGAGUAGGAAUACGUAGAUUCCGAUUUAUUAAUACGAUCUGGCUUGUUCUUACAGUAAUGAGAUUUGUCAAGAAAACCUAGAAAAUUUAUCCUCGAAUUCUUUUAAUCCGCCUCCAUGUCCAACAUUUCGACUUACACGACGUGUUUUUCUAAUCCCUCAUUUCUCCGAAGCCUUACGCAGAUGUCGUAGACUCGGUAUCGAAUCGGCUGAUCCUGAAGUCAUCCAAUCGCUCCCUGGGUGCAGUGACCGCACCAGAGCCUGCGGCGACUUGCGGAAACUGGAUCUGAGACGAAUGUUAAGGCUUACCAUUUAAUUCAUCUUAAAAAGAAGCAUCGAUCUCUGGCCCCUUUGCUUCUUUUCUAUAAAAAGAGGAUAUUAGAUAUAGAUGAGAAGACCUCCAGGGCAGAAGGACGAACGCGCGGCGCCUAAAAUAGACGGAUCCUAAUAUAAACGUGGCCACUAGAAUUUUAUUAGAUAUUUGGAAUACCUGACCUUUUUGAUUUUUUGUUUGCUAGCUAGGAGUGCUCCACCGAUGAUAUUAACGAUAACACGCAGAAUAACAUGCUAUUCAAGAUGAAUAUCCGUAAGGUCUAAGAAUGCCGGCAUUGUGUGCGGGUGAGCUGAGACCAAAGACGAUGGAGCCAAGGCCUAAGGAUCCAUUGAACCAAGCAGAGAAGAAAAUGCUCAAGUACUUACGAGAACGCAAGAACAAGAACAUGCGGAUGCAUAUGAAGCAUGUAGCGAAUGCAGCAGAAGCGAAGGGGAAAGAGGAAGUUGUCUAUGCGAGGAGACUUAAUAAAACAACUACUUAGCUGUACUAGUGGAGGAGACUUGAUAAAACAACUACUUAAAAAUUGUACUAGUUGAAGAGAUAUUAGUACCAGAUUGAUCGCACAAAUACUUUGUUCGUUGUACUACUAGUUGAAGAGAUAGUACCAGAUUGAUCUUGAAAACUACCUUGAUUCAGAUUCAAUAACAGAUGCGAUAAUAGAUGGAAGAGAAAGAUGAGAGCAGGUUCGCGAAGAUUAUAAUCAAUCUUUAGUGCGGAUGAAUCUUUGAUCAUAUUUCUGAGAGAACAAGUACUUAUGUUGAUUUGAAGAAAACUGAAAAUUAUUCCUCUAACCAAUCCUGGAGCACCAAGGUCCCGUUCCCGAAGAACAUGUGUUUUCAUUCACUCCUCCAGGAGGAAUAAUGCGCCCAGCUGAGCCACGCAAUGUUAAGAACAAGAUGAAUAGACGAGAACAAGAUGAAUAGUCUCUCUCCUUCUAAAGGAAAAGUAAAAUGAUGUACAUUGAAGUUUGUAUCCCUUUGUGAAGUCGUGGUCAAAAGCGAGAGAGUCCUUGUUUUUUAAAUCAAUAUCGAUCAUCUCCUCCUCCCCAGCUAGUCCUACUUGAAAAAUCCUUUUCUAAUCCCAAUACAUCCUUCGGAGCAAUACACACCGGCUUCUCUACGCCAACGAAGCAUUCGCCGAGUCUCACUUUUCAAGACGAGCUCGCGGCGAUGCGUGCUUGGUACGCUGAAGGGCAAAAAAUAGAGCAACAAGUGCAAGAGGAGCGAGACUUCAUCCAAGAAAACGCCGCUGACUUGCUUCAAGUGCCGCCUCUUGUAGGAGAUGUUCUUGAGCUGAACAAGGAGAAUCUGUUACCGAAGGAGAACAAAACAACAUCAACAAGCGCUGUGAGCAGCUCUUCGUCUACGACUUUACACUGUGGAAAUGGCGCAAUAAAUUAAGGGUAGGUUAAAGGUGCUUUUGUUAUCGUUUGUUAUGGCUCUCCUAAGGGGGACAGCCAUAACAAGCGGGAUAAACGAACACCAAAAGCCUACCUCUAAAUAAAGUUAAGCUCCACGACGACUUCCGUCAACAAAAGUGGUGCUCGUGGUGCAGUGACAAGCACAACAGCCACGACGAAUAAUACGACGAUGACUCUCCGCGCGAACAGUAGAAGCCUUUACAUACCUGAACCACAACCAACAACGGCAACAGAGAACGUGGGAGCAACAUCCUUGGCGUCGGCAACUGUAAGACAAAACCCAUUUCGGAGGCGUGGCGCAGGACCACGACAAGCCCCAACCACGGGUGGAACUUCUUCGAGCAUGCUGAUGAAUUUAGGAACACUGCGUCACUUUUGAGAUACAUUAUAACUGUGAUCUUCGUCUUGUAACGGGUAUUCUUGCAAAUAGUUCUCCCAAAUCAACCUCUUGUCAGGCAUAUCAAUCAAUCAAUCAAUCACGACCUGUCAGUAUCUAGUACUGUAAUAUGCUGACAAAAUUGCAAUUUCUAGUUCUAAUCACCACCGCCAGCAGCACGACUGGAGCAGCGCCAGGCUCCUCUAGUACCGGUCAAGCAAGGGUCGAUGCGUUUUUGGGGCAACUGAGAGACCCAAAGAAGUACGACGAGGAGAAGCACAACCCUGGACUUGACAAAUUUCAUAAAAUUAAGGUCAGCUUCUAUGCAUCUUUCUCGGCGUCUCGAUACCCUUUUCCCUUGUAUUUCAUGGGAAAGGGGUCAAGAUGAGAAGUGGGCCGAGAUGAAUAAAAAAAGCCGACUCUAAUAGAAAGAAGAAUCCAUUGGGUGGGAUGUUUUUUUGAAGGCAGUGCUUGCAAGGGCAUCAUGACUGUGUAUGGGAGACUGUGACGUUGUGACGUUGAACAUCCCAUGUUAUUUCUAUUGGUCAUGCAGAUUUAUCAACAUACAGGAAGCGCUGGAAGCGCAAACUUCGAAUACUUGAGAGACCAAGGGCUACUGCUACUGGUCAACCUUCUAGACAUCACACGAUGCGGUGUUGUGCACGAUGCGGUGUUGUGUUCGAGGAAUUUCUCU